AGAUGGCAAUCCCAAAUCAAAGCCAUCUGAGUUUGGAAAAGAGGGAUCAUCAUGCGAUUAUAGGAAAAGGACAAGGUGAUGAUCAAAACUCCUCAGAAAGCAUAGAAAGCAACCCCGAUGAGUGAGCUCACGCAACUGCUCACUAUAUAAACAGCAACAUGUGGACGAGACGCGCUCAAGUUUCCUGAUCACACCGACUGCCAGAACAAAGCGGCGCAAACGCGACGCGCUCCAGCGUUUGAGCGAUGCGUGGAUUAUUACCGCGCGUAUUAUUAUGAGUGGCCAUGGCGUGGUGUGACCGUGGGAUUCAGAUGCUGCUGGCAACCGUGGGGGCUUUCGUGGCGUUUAGUCUGAUGAGCAUCGCCAUCGGGACCGACUACUGGCUUUAUUCUCGGGCAUAUAUCUGUAACGCCACCAACAGCAGCACGGACGAGACGCAGACGCAGCCCAAGAAGGUCCGCGGAGAUCUCACGCACUCAGGGCUCUGGAGGAUCUGCUGCAUAGAGGGUCUCAACAAAGGAAGUUGUUACCGAAUCAAUCAUUUCCCAGAUGACAAUGAUUAUGACACAGACAGCUCUGAAUAUCUCUUACGUAUAGUGCGCGCCUCCAGUGUGUUCCCAAUCCUCAGUACCAUUCUGCUGUUGCUGGGGGGACUAUGUGUCGGGAUAGGACGCAUCUACAGCAAGAGGAACAACAUAUUACUCAGUGCAGGGAUACUAUUUGUGGCAGCAGGUUUGAGCAACAUCAUCGGUAUAAUCGUCUACAUCUCCAGCAAUGCCGGUGACCCCAGUGACAAACGAGACGAAGACAAGAAGAACCAGUAUAACUACGGUUGGUCGUUCUACUUCGGAGCGCUGUCUUUCAUUGUGGCCGAGGCGGUGGCCGUUCUGGCUGUCAGUAUCUACAUUGAGAAGAACAAGGAAGUACGAUUCAAAGCUCGCCGUGAGUUCAUCAAGUCUACCUCGUCCUCUUCGCCGUAUUCUCGCAUACCCAGCUUUCGCUAUCGUCGACGGCACUCGCGCUCCAGCUCUCGUUCAACAGAAGCAUCUCGCGAAGCAUCACCUGUGGGCAUGAAGAGGAUGAGCUCGGUGCCUGUCGGAGAGAUCAGCAUGUACACAUUGACAAGAGACCCCCUCAAGUCAGGGACGGACGGCUCCUACAGCCCAGAACACGAUUCGGGAUUCCUCCAAGUGCACAACUGCUUUUCCAAAGACCUUAAUGAUGGUAUCAACAGGAGGACAACACCUGUAUGAAGUUACACACUAGAAUGGAAGAGAUGAUGUUAAGGCCAUACUGAAUGGAUAGCCAUCAGGGCUCAGUGGCCUAUGGCAGAUGCCAGUGGAAGGGACACUCAUUGGUGAAGGCAGUCAACCAGUGACGUCUCUCAUCGGUGAAGGAGAAGCAGGAAAGAAGUUAAGAAGGAAAGAUUUCAUCUUGACAUUAAACAACCAUUGUGAACACGCUAUUUUGUUUUUCUCCUUGCUUUGUCCUCACAUAUAAACAGGAACUUUCAGAGAGGCUCAUCUCUCAUCAAAGGGCAAGACAUGCAAAUGUAAAAUGGAUGGUCUUUGGCAGAUAUUAAGAACUUUGAGUAAGCCAGUCCAUUCCCUUGGUUGAUAAAUAUCUUUUUGUUUGUCAGUACAGUGCCAUACUCUCAAUGUAUACCAAUGUGAUAAUGACUCUCACAGUAUGAGAUGGUGCUAACAUAGGCUCACAGCUGAAGCCUUCCCACUAUUGUGUGUUCAGUACAGACUCGAAUUGAAUACUGAACGCCCUUGUUCUUGUCAUAUGUUUGUAGCCACAGUUGUCUAUUCAGUGUGCCUAUCAUCUUGGCAGUAUCAACUGCUCAGACUUACACUGGAGCCACUUUGCAACAGCGCAAAACUGUAUUCCUCUCGUUUUGUUGUUGUUGUUAACUAGAAAUAUCAGUUGUAUUACUAAAUAAUCACUGGGACAAUUUAGUUUAGGAGAUUUAUGACUACUAAUUGUAUAUAAACACCCUGCUGAAAAGACCAGCUUGGAUUUUCAUGAUGUUCUGACUGGUUUGUUCUGGUCUGGUGCUUUCCUAUGUGGCGAACCUGCUUAGACAUGCUGUCCAUCAGCAAAAUUUGACCAAGGAAGUCUUGCUGGUUAAAGUCAGCAUGAUAUAGUAUUUGCAACCUAUUUUAUUUUUGUCAUAUGACGUAUCUCUGAAUGAAAGGCUGGAUUGGACUUUGCCCAUUGGAAACUGAUUGGAUUCUGAAAAGUUUACUCACGUUCCAAAUAAAAAAAAAAUUCCAAUAAUGUCCAGGCAACUAUUUUCCAUAUAAAGAAUGUGAAUGAGAAUCGGGGCUGUAGUUAACCAGAAUUAUGUCUUUAAUCAUCUCCAUGACACCAGUUGCAAUCACCAGACUGGAAAGGAAGAUUAUCAGUGAAUAAUAACUUGGAUUACUAAUGGACUACUAUUACGAUGCUUUUUUGUCAAGUGUACCUUAUUACUCGUACACAAUAUUCUAAGUGACUGAACCAUUGAGUCACCUUAGAAGGAAAUCAGUUCAAUAAAUGAAUCAUUCCAACUGUUUGUGUGAACUUGAUUGUACAAAAUACACUGAAAUGAUCCGACUCAAAUUAACGAUUUGUUCACAAAUCAGAUUUUGAAGCUCGACACCCCCCAUUGUCAUUCAAUUUGAUUAUAUGGAAAAGGGUGGCCAGGAUAUUUCUUUAAACGAAUGAGUAAAGUUGAUGGAGCAUGAGCAGAGCCAGACCAGUGGGUGAAACUUACAUUACUUUGGUGACAUCAACCAAAAAGGAAAAUGAUUUCAGCUGCAGUUUCUUUUGAAAGAUAACAAAGAUAGGGAAAGAUUAUAGAGACCUUUUUCCAUGUGCACUGAUGAGUCAUAAUGCACAAUAAUCCCAUAGAUGUUUAUUAAGCAGGUAAAUUGAGUUUUGAUUUUGUUGUGUUUAAGCUAGUUCAGAAGUCAGGUUUAGACUACAGGGUUCCUUGCCCAGCACCAGCAUCCAAAACACAUCGUAUGAUGGUGACCAGCUCUAAUGAUCUUUUCAGCAGGGAAAUAUAGCAGUGUUCAACAAGCCUCACGUUUUCUACUAUCACUUCGAAUUCUGACUGCCACUGAUAGUAGAUCAACAAGUGUCAGUAGUUAACCAGCUAGUGUCGUCGCCUUCCAUUGUGAAUCAGUCAAAGAGUGAUGUAAUUCCUCAGCCUUCAUCUCCAUCGAGGGGUUUCACCUCUACUAAAGCUCGGCCUUUGCCUGAAUGUGGGUUAAAUAUAGCCACUCCUUCUCGUGAAUUUGAGUGAUGGGUGUGGAACGUCUGAAUGGGGCACCUUUGGGGAUCUGACAUUGUUUGAGUCCGCUGAUAAAAGGAGUGCUGAGAAAUGUCAGACAUCCGGAAAUGAAAGACAAGUUUUGAGCCGGUCAGCCCUGACAAGCAUUUCAGCGACUGCUGAUAAGUAUCUAGGGCAGAGCAGUAUGAAAGACGUCAGUGUGGCUGAUCCAGCCCUUUAGAAGCCAUUCAAAGUGUCUUAGUCUCACCAGAGCCUUAUGCCUGGAUUUCUCUUUGAGUCGACAAUAUAAGCUCAUCUCUUCUUUGUUACUGCUGGUUUUCCUCACCCAUCUUGUAACCCCUUGACAGAUCCUUAGUGAAUAAUCUAUCGCUUUUUCCCAAGGACUGCAUUAUCCAUGUGAGCGGUCAAAUCCGUAUCACUAAAAGUGUUUCCUCACAAAAGGAGAGGUUGCAGGGUAGAUGUAAAUAUCUGGUAGAUGUUUCACUAAAUUGAAGCAUUUACAGCUACCUUUUCUUAGUAAAGCCAUUUUGACACAAGCUUUUGAGCCAUGGCUCUUUGUAGAACGGUGUGUGGUGGGUAGAUGUAAAUGUUUGCAUGUUUUUCUCUAACCCAUUGACUUUGUGUGCUUUUAACAGUAUUAUUAACAGGAUGACUCUAGGAUGCCUCACUGCCAAGCAUCGCUCACUAUAAAUACCUGUAAUGUUCUCUCUGUUCAUCACGGAAGGCAUUUUGUCCUUCUGGUUUUCUUGAUUUGCUAAUGUUGUUCUCAGUAUUUCUCUGGAUCACGGACAAGUCAACAUAUCGUUGCUCACAUAAAUAAAUUGAAUCGAGGAACGGUGUCUCGCUUAUGCAUAUGUGCUUUGUUAUGUGAAUUUUAUUGUUUUGUAAUGGAACUAGGAAUAAUAAAACAG